AUGUCAAUCCUCGGAGCUGACUUUCUACGACACCAUAGACUGCUAGUAGACCUUCAUCGCAAGAAACUGGUUGACAGCUUAACCGAACUUUCAGUAAAUACGACGGCGAUACGCACAAAUCAAGAUACAACGCUUUAUGUAGUUGAACCUACCCACCGUUAUCAUGCGCUAUUGCAAGAAUUUACCGACGUGUUGAAGCCUAUGACAUCUACAAAAGAAAUUAAACAUAAUGUGAAGCACUACAUUGAGACCACUGGACCCCCACUAUUCGCAAGACCUCGCCCAUUAGCACCAAACAAGUACAAAGCAGCUAAAACCGAAUUUGAAGCAAUGAUGUCAAUGGGUAUAUGUCAACCAUCAAAAAGUCCAUGGGCCAGUCCGAUGCAUGUCGUGACGAAGAAAGAUGGUAAUCUACGCAUAUGUGGUGAUUAUCGACGCUUAAAUGCAGUAACGCUCCCCGAUAGGUACCCAAUUCCGAGGGUACAAGAUUUUACAUAUCACAUGGAGGGUAUGACGAUAUUUUCGAAGAUCGAUUUGAAAAAGGCAUUUUUCUGGAUACCAGUUGCUGAAAAUGACAUAGAAAAAACAGCAGUCACAACACCAUUCGGUCUAUUCGAGUUUCGUCGCAUGCCAUUCGGAUUACGUAACGCACCACAGACUUUUCAACGGUUCAUGCACGAAGUCCUGAGAGGCCUAGACUACUGUUGUUACUGUUUCAUCGACGAUCUGCUUGUCUACUCAGAAAAUCCAGAACAUCAUGAAGAACAUCUACGAAUUAUCUUGAAACGAUUGUCUGACUAUGGCAUUGGAAUUAAUAUAGAUAAAUGCCAAUUUGGACAGCAGAAGCUAAAUUUCCUGGGAUAUGAAGUCACACAAGAAGGUAUUACACCGACCACAGAACGCGUCCAAACUAUUUUAAACUACCCGAAGCCAGUAACUGUCCAAGAUUUGCGACGUUUCCUGGGAAUGGUUAACUUUUACCACGAUUGUUUACCUAAGCAAGCUGAAAUACAAAUUGAAUUGAACAAGUUACUACAUAAUAAGAAAAAAAACGACAAGACACUUAUAACCUGGAAUGAAGCAACAGAGGACGCUUUCAAUAAAUGCCGUUUAAGCAUAUCGGAAGCUGCACGACUAACCCAUCCAGUCCAAGGUGCCCCAUUAGCCAUUAUGACAGACGCAUCAAACAUAAGUGUCGGCGCAGUCCUACAACAAAACACGAACAACACCUGGAAGCCGUUAUCUUUCUUCUCAAAAAAACUCAGUGAUACUCAAGCAAGAUACAGCGUAUACGACCGAGAGUUACUAGCAAUCUAUAUGGCUGUAAAACAUUUUAGAAGAUUAAUUGAAGGAAACGAUGUUGUAGUAUACACAGAUCACAAACCUCUGUCCUAUGCUAUGACUAAGGCGGAAAGUACAUGUGAUACACCUAAACGAGGAAGACAACUACAUUUCAUAAGCCAAUUUUGCAGCAGGAUUGAAUAUAUUCACGGAACCAACAACGUAGUCGCAGAUGCAUUAUCAAGAAUCACUGCCAUCGACUGUCCUGCUAUUAUCGAUUUUGAAAACCUGGCAAAGGAACAAACUCGAGACGAAGACUUGAAGCACCUACUGAAACAAGAUAAUCUUCAUUUUGUAAAGAUUACAUUACCUACAUCGAAACAAGAAAUCUACUGCGAGAAUAAGACAAAAACACUACGUCCAUACUUACCAAAAUCAUUUCGUGAGACUGCAUUCAAAGCACUACACGAAAUGAGUCAUCCCGGUAUUCGCACGACUAGGAAAAUGAUCACCGACAAAUACUUCUGGCCGGGAAUGAACAAGGACAUUUCAACAUGGACGCGAUGCUGUAUUUCAUGUCAACGGGCUAAGAUACAUAGACACACGAAAACACCGUUAAUACAGUUUCCGGAAUCAAGAAGAUUCGAACACGUUCAUGUGGACAUCGUUGGACCACUAACUCCAUCAGAAGGAUAUCGAUACCUUGUCACAAUCAUCGAUCGAUGCUCAAGAUGGCCAGAAGCAGUACCAGUCAGUGAUAUUAGCGCAGAGACCGUCGCCCGAGUAAUAUACGACAACUGGAUAACUCGUUUUGGUUGCCCACUACGCAUAACAACGGACCAAGGACGACAAUGCCCCGCCCACACGCCUAUACCGCCGCCGCCCCCGCCACCCCCUCUCACCAUACCACCCCACAGAACAAAACACGUGUCCUUCGCUCGGUCUCAUACUCUGACUACAUUCGACGACUCUGUAAUGCCGGCUGCUGUCAGCGGCAAUCGGUUCAGAAGAGACUGCGAGAGACUCAUCGAUGGACGUGUAGUAAAGCCAGAACCAAAGCCUUAUUCAACGCUGCCGGUGAUGUUUCAACCGUUCCCGCCGUACCCACAGUUCAUCACUCAACCUGCGCCGGCGCCGAUCCACUACCCUCCCCCUAUAACACCACAUCCUACUCACCCGCCCCCUCCCGUGCAAAGGCCAACGCAAACAGAACAACCUAAAGUAGUCGUAUUAGAUUCUAUAAAGAAAGGAGUUAUGAGGACUCAAGCAACACAAACAGAAGUUUGUUUAGGUAGAAAACCAUUGCCACCGAAUUACUUAUCUUUGAGCCCUCGAACUAUAAAAAGGGUUAAAAUGGUAGCAGCUGGUGUACAAACAAAUGGGUACACGGUUGGGGUAAGAAGGCUAACAAAAUCAUUCUCUGAAGUGGGGGGAGAUCGAUUGGCUGGCCGCGACUCUCCAAGUGAAAUUGCUACCACAGUCGAGAGUUUCAUCACAAGCGACCACGAGAAACUACACAGAACUCAAUCAGAAGAACCACCAAGAUCUCCUCGGUCUCCCACCGCUAUGAUAAUGCCUUCAUCUCCUCUUCAACGAGGAGACUCCGACGACGUAACAUCUUCGUCAGUCAAAUCUGUUGCAUCGUCAUCACAAAUAGACAAAUCAUCCGAAUUAAGCGCCUUGCAGAGGCAGGCUCAAGAAUACUUCCAACAGAACUUCCAAUUUAUACACGAAAGUGAUAGAGACGAUACAAUUGAUGACGAUAUAGAAAACCUUGAAAAAAGUAUGGCAUUGAAUCGUAGAAACCUUGAGUAUCUUCAACAAGAGAUUGCUAAACAAAGCAAAGGAGACAAAUCACUCAGAUCUAUUCUUUCCAAAAGUACCAGCGAUGCUUCCCAAAAGACAAUAAACUCUUCGCAUCCAUUUUCGAAAACUUCCACUUUUCAAUCGGAACCUUCUACUGAAACUUCUGCAACCACGACUGAUGACAGUGAAAAGAAUGAGAAGGAAAUAAUAAUAGACUUUGAACCAAGACCUGAUGAUGAAGCCAUUCCAUUUACAACGCUUCGUAGGAAAAAUAGAAGAAUGUUGCAAAAAACUUUGUCAGAAGGAGAAAUACUUCUAGAUGUACGAAAAACCGAACUACAAACUAACGGUGAUGGUAUAAAAGACGCUCCCAUAGUAAUGUCAACAAGUCAGGAAAAUAUGACGCGAGAAGACCGCGAAAGGGAAGCAAUGUAUACACAGUAUGUUGGUCAAAAUUACAGUCAAACUCCUAUAAAAGACGAAGGUAUCUUUGGAUUUGAACCAGAUGGCUCUUUCAGUUCUUCAGAUGGGAAUGCACCAUAUGAAGAUUUUCAUGAGAAAUACAUUAGUUACAAGCAUGAACCAUUUAGAAAUCGAAGCGUAAGUUUUGAAGAAAAGACAGAAAUUAUACUUGACAAGGACGAAAUUCCUGAGAGCAGUACCGCAAGGUCGAGCCCAGGAUCACCAGAACCGGUUACUAUUGAGGUAGAUGUAGACCAAAAAGUAAAACGAGCUGUUAUUUCUAACACUGUCACUACUAUUUUAACACCUUUGGAUAAAGUGUCACCAUGCGCCUCAAACGAAUCUUUAACGGUUGACCAAAGCAGGGACCAUUCGGAUGGAAUGUGGAAUGAAUCACAAACGACUGUUUUGCAAGUUGAUUCGGGAACAGAAAAUGGCACUGUAAUAAGCUCAUCUGAUCUCAGUUCAUUGGCUGCAUCGCCAGGAGCAUUGGCAUUGUUAACACCGACUUCACGACGAAAGCAACUUCUACUUCUUCAACAUCAACAACGAUCUUCUUUAGAUACAGAUGCAUUGGAUGAAGAGUUUGACGCCUCCCAAAGUCAAUCGCCGACUUCACCACGCAAUAAACUAGACACAUCAAGUUCUAGUUCCCAAGCUCGAGCAUCGCUAUCUCCACCUGCAGUCGUUCCAAACAUUUCACUAUCUCUACCUAUAACGAAACAACCAACAAUAUCAAAAUCAAUUUCUCCAAUAGUCCCUUCAAAAGUGAACCACACACCUGCAAUUGCCAUUACCCAUCCAAGCCUAGACUUGGCUGAUGUACCAUUCAAAAGGACUCCCAGUUUUAUAAAUAAAAAGCGUGAAAGGGCAUUAAGUCCAUCUAGGAGAAAGGAUUUGCAGAAAAAAGCUCAACAAAAAGAGCCAAAUGGCACGAUACCACAUCAAAUAGUUGAGUCUCCAUCUGAGGCUCCAUUAGCUAAAGCUGCUAGUAGUGAAACUAGCUUGGCGAGAACUGAUUCAGGAAAAAUUAACACUACUGACGUAUCAGAAAGUACAACAACGACUGAAGAUUACGUAACAGCAAAUUCAGAUAGUUCGAAAAAAAGCAAUAGUAAAAACCCAAACCAACAUCCAGAAAAUAACAAAACACAAGAAGGGUCGUCUUUUGAAAGUGCAUCAAGUCUUUAUUCUUCAACCCGCACUGAAAACAUUGCCGAAGAUAUGGUCCUACCCAGUUUCUCACCGCCUUUAGAAAUCAAUGAUGACUUUAUCGUUCCUGAUCUUGCAUCGCCCCCGUUACCCUUGCCUGAUCGGUUACCUAGAGUAUCUAUGGAAAAAAUUGAAGUCAAAGCUGACAUCACUCCGACCAUUGAACACAUCAAGAGAGAAAAGACUGAUAUUAAAAUUAAAGACAAUUUACCAAAAGUUUCCAAGACUAUGCGUGGCACAAUUAGUGGAAAGAGUAGUUCGAGUGGAAGUUAUAGUAUAGGUGGAUCAAAUCCGAAUGUUACUGAAGAUGUUGAUGAUAAAACACCCACUGAAAAAAUUGUUGAAUUACCAGAACGAAGUGAUAGUAAAGGAAAGGAAGAUAAAACGACUGCUACAGUUCCAGAAAAAGACCAACAUGUGCCAAAAAUGAUGGGUUCUUUAUCUGAUGACGAACGAAGCGUUCACUACUCAUCAUCAGGCUAUUAUGAAAGUCCGGUGGACGAUGAUGACGAUGGAGGUUUGACUUAUAAGCAUUCACAAAGAUACAAAUCAUCAACCAGACCCAAAUCUUGGUUAGCAGAUGAGAAACGAAGAAAAAAGAAAGGUUUCACCUUAGAGUUUUCUAAAUCUUAUGAUGAUUCUGUAUCUACAUCUCAAGAUGAUUGGGGCAAAAAGCCUAAAGACCCAGAUAGUAUUAGUCAAAAGUCAGAACGUAGUAUUUUCAAACCAUCGAAUGUUAAGUCUCCACAGGAUGAAAAAGCACCUGAAACUAGGAAGAAGAAGACCCACUUUGCAGAUAAAGCCAAAAGCGUUCAGUCUUCACCAAGAGAGCCAGUAGACGUAGAAAAAUCUAUCAAAGAAAAAAAUACAAAAGAAAAGGAGGGUGAACCAAAACGCCCCGCUGAAAGAGAACGAUACGUUAAAAGAACUAAACUAAAACCUAAAAGUCCAACACAGAGUAAAACAGUUGAUGGGAAUAGUCAUAGCUAUAGACCAGUUCAUUAUGAUAGAAGAGAAACAGUGGGUUCUAACAUGAAGUUACAUUUGAACAUUCCAACAUCAGACGAUUCAAGUGAACAAUACAGGAAAGAAGGUACGAGCAACGGUAAUAUAUCUCCAAGAAAACAUCGUCGAUUACGUGAUAGUCCGCGAAGGAAAACUGGAAAUAAUUCUAAUAAUUCCAAAUCUCCUACUACUGCCAAUAAUCAUGCGGUUUACAGACCAAGAAGAAAAAGUGGUUCGAACGAGAGCAUAUCACUGCCCGGUAGUUUACCGCGAAGAAAACAGUCAAUACCCACAGUCCCUUGCUUAAGUUCUUUAGAAGCUGAAGAUAUAGAAACGACAAGAACUCUCACUAGUGCAGGAUCAAGAUUGACUCCCCUUCGAUACAUAAAAAGUCCUAACACAUCACCUAGACACAAUCGGAAACAAGAUCGAGAUGGAAAAUUUGCCAAAGCCGCAUCAGCAGAGUCACUCCGCUCUGUAUCACCAGGAUCAGAUUCAGUGUUUUAUUCAGAGCAAACAGAGCAUAGUUUAGUGGGAGCUGAUGGAGAAUCGAAGGCACAUUGCUUACACUGCGGCAAAGAAGUUCAUAUCGUUACUGCUACCCAUGAACAUGACAGUGUAGCCUCCAGAACAUCUCAUACUGACGAAUCCUACGCAGAUGCAACGCCGGAUAUUGUACCAGCACCAGCUGGCUUUGCAGACUCUCCAUCUUGUGCCUCAACUAAGAAACAUGCAAGUGGAGCACGACUUUACAAGAAACUAGACAAAAGAUACCGUUCUGAAGACAAAUCAAGACAUUACUACCGCAACAGACAAGAUGUUCGAGCGAAGUCUGAAGAAAGAGGUAAGGAGGAAUAUGCUUCGGGGGAGAAAACCCAAGAUACUCGCAUAGCAAGAUCGGCUGGAAACAGUUUAGACAAACUGGGAGGAUCCAGCGCGAGUGUGGAUCCAGACGAACAUGAAGAAUGUUCUGGAAGCUCUGAAGGUGCUGAAGGAGGUCGAGACGAAAAAGGGAUUUAUGCUGCUCCCUGGUGGUGUGGAAACUGGAUCAUGCUAUCUGAGAACAAUGAUCAGUGGACCAGGAUUCCUCCAGAUGUGAUUGACACUGGAUCGGAAGCUGGGCAAGAAGACCCGACAGAAUCAGAAUCAGAAUUCAAUAAGAGAUACGUGGCUUUGACACAUAGGCUAGUGCACCGACGGGCGUGCAUUGAACUCAACAGACGACAAGCAGAAAAUAGUUUUGAGAGCGACAAAACAGUGGUAGUGAGGCGUGGUAACGAAGAAUUUGGGUUCCGAAUCCAUGGGAGCAAGCCAGUUGUGGUAUCUGCUAUCGAACCUGAUACUCCUGCUGAAACCUCCGGACUAGAAGUUGGAGACAUCGUUAUAGCUGUGAACGGAAUCAAUGUCUUAGAUAAGACGCACUCGGAAGUGGUGAAGAUUGCGCAUUCCGGAUCGGAAAUUCUUGAAUUAGAGGUGGCCAGAACAUGUGAGGUGGUAGCCUCGUUAGCUCAUGAAGGAGGACCUGCAGCCUUAUAUUCAGGGUAUCUAUGGAGGGCAGCUCCAGCAAGACCUCACCAUCCUCCGCGUUGGACCAGACGAUGGUUCGUCCUCAAGAGAGACAACUGCCUUUAUUAUUAUAAGACAGAUUCUAGCAUUCAUCCCGUGGGAGCUCUCAUGCUUGUGAACUAUCAACUGACCGAAGAGGACGCAGGUAGACCCCACGGGUUCCGAUUACAUCGCGGCGGUGGCGUGCGUUUACAACUGGCAGCUGAUACUUCUGAGGCGGCCGCUAGAUGGCGCGCAGUUCUUGCACAUGCCAUUGAUGCUAGCAAUCAGCGCGAUGGCUGGUUGGAAGUGACAAUGAGGAAUAUGAAACUACCGCCAUCAUCGAUACCAAGACCGGACUGUUUCGGUUACCUGAUGAAGCUUGGCUCCAAGUGGAAGUCCUGGGCCAAACGAUACUGCGUACUCAAAGACGCCUGCUUAUACUUCUACAAUGAUGGUAACAGCAAAAAUGCUUUUGGUAUGGCAUGCUUACACGGCUACAGAAUACAGACAUGCGCUCCUGGCGGCAAGAAAUAUGCUUUCGAAGUGAUGCCAACGGAACCCAAGCAGAGACACUUUUAUUUCCAUACCGAGUCAGAAAUGGAUAGGAAACGGUGGAUGGCAGCUUUGGAGUAUUCCAUAGACCGAUGGAUGAAGGCUGGUUGACGUCGGGCCUUCCUCUCGGAAGAGUCAUUCGAUUUUAUAUAAUUUUAGUUGUAUUAAAUAUAUCCAUUGUUAUUCCAGUUAUUUUGAUUUAUUAUA